AUGGACAGACUGGUUAUUGACAAUAGUCUUUCAAAUUCUCUACCAACAACAUUAGCUGUUGGUGGCGCACUUGCACUAGUUGCAGGUGCUAUUAUUCAUCGUCAUAGAGAUAAAUUCACUUCAUUACUUGUGGAAAAUCUAGCAAACGACGAACUGAAUCGAGAUACUGAUUGGGCAAAUCUAACCAUACCAGCACGGACACAAGGACAUUCUGAAGCACGUGUUGCUGCAUCACUUGGUUCACGACCCUUAUUAGUAAAAGGCAAAUGUGCAACUGAUGAUCGUACUUUUUCGACAUUCUAUGAAGGUUUCCAUAUCGGCAAAGCUAUUGCAACUCAACAUGGUGAUGAUAGAUGUUUAGGUUAUCGAGUAGAUCGUAACUCUGAAUAUCAAUGGACAACAUAUGGAGAAACUAAUGAUGCUGCUACAGAAAUUGGCAGUGGACUUAUUCAACUAGGAGAAAGUCAUGGUCAGAAUACGUUCAUUGGUAUCUAUGCGAUUAAUAGUGUUGAAUGGAUGACUGCAGCAUUAGCAUGCCAUUCACAUAGCAUGAUUUAUGUACCACUUUAUGAUACACUUGGUGAGGCUGCGAUUGUUCAUAUAGUUAAUCAAACUUCGUUGAAAACGGUGUUUGUUGACAAAGCUGAAAAUGUUCUUAUUCUUCUUAAACUUGUUGAACAAAUAUCAACGUUAAAACGAAUAAUACUUACAAAAAAAUUUCCUGAUGAGAAAGAUCUCGAAAUUCGAAAGAAAGCAAAAGAAGUUGGAAUUGAAAUUAUGUCAUUCAAUCAAUUACGAGAACUUGGUCGAUCAAAACCAGUUGCACAUCAUCCACCUAAACCUGAGGAUAUAUUUGAAAUUUGUUAUACAAGUGGAACAACAGGUCUACCAAAAGGUGCUAUGUUAACACAUAAAAAUGUUGUUUGUUUAAUUCAAGCAGCUGCAGAGUUUUUUCGUCCAGUUUUUACUGAUUUAGAAGUAUUGAUUUCCUAUUUACCGUUAGCUCAUUCAUAUGAGCAAACAAUCGAACUUUAUUGUUUAUGUCAAGGUUUUAAAAUUGGUUAUUACUUGGGUGAUGUACGACAAUUGUCGGAUGAUCUUGCUGUUUUAAAACCAACAUUAAUGCCAUGUGUACCUCGACUUUUAAAUCGAAUGUAUGACAAUAUUCAAGCAACAAUUCUUCAAUUAACUCCAUUUAAACGUUAUUUAUUUAAUAUGGCUUUAUCAGCUAAAGCACAUGAAGUUGAUCAACAUCGUAUUGCACGUCAUAUGAUUUGGGAUAAACUUCUUCUAAAACGUAUUCAACAACGUCUAGGUGGACGAAUAAAAUUGAUUGUCAGCGGUGCUGCACCAUUAUCACCAACAAUUCAUCAAUUUCUUAAACGUGUUUGCGGUGCUUAUGUAGUCGAAGGUUAUGGACAAACUGAAUGUUGUGGUAUAUCAACAUGUCAAGUACUUGGUGAUGAAACCGUAGGAAAUAUUGGUGUACCAUUGAAUUGUAAUAUGAUUAAACUAGCUGAUGUACCUGAUAUGCAAUAUUUUGCAAAAGAUAAUGUUGGAGAAUUAUGUAUAAAAGGUGCAAAUGUAUUUAAAGGAUACUAUAAAGAUGAAGAAAAAACAAGAGAAGCAUUAGAUAAUGAUGGGUGGUUACAUACAGGUGAUGUUGCUAGAUGGGCACCGGGUGGUCAAAUUGAAAUUAUUGAUCGAAAGAAACAUAUGUUUAAACUAGCUCAAGGUGAAUAUGUUGCACCGGAACGUAUCGAAAAUAUUCAUGUUCAAAGUCAUUAUAUUGCUCAAGUUUUUGUUUAUGGCAAUGGUUACAAAAGUUUUACGGUAGCUAUUAUUGUUCCCGAUGCUGACAUUCUUGAAAAAUAUGCCCGUAAAAAUAAUAUUUCGGGUGAUAUCGUUGAAUUAUGUAAGAAGAAGGAAAUCAAAGAACUGAUAUUUAAUGAUAUAAAACGAUUAGAAAAAGCAAAUUUAUUGAAGGGAUUUGAAAUGGUUAAAGAUAUUUAUCUACAUCCUGAACUAUUUACAGUAGAAAAUAAUCUUUUAACACCAACAAUGAAAACUAAACGACCUGAAUUAGGAAAAUAUUUCGAAAAAGAACUUGAAGAAAUGUAUAAAAAUAUCGAGUAA